AAGAAUCAUGUGUGUCACCGCUUGUGCAGCUUCCGCGACGGCGGGCGGGGCAGCGAGCGGAGAGUGUACGUGUACCCACCGGAGCACAGUACAGCCCACAGAUCUUAUAGCGUCUUUGCUACAGCCGGCCUGUCAGCAUGGGGGACGCCGACAGAACAGGUAAUGCAUGGAAAACCCAGAAGCUGGAUGGAAAGACUGUACUGAUAACUGGCGCUAACACUGGAAUUGGCAAAGAGACUGCAAGAGACCUGGCAAAGAGAGGAGCUCACAUCAUCAUAGCAUGCAGAGACAUAGAAAAAGGCGAUGCUGCAAUGAAAGAAAUAAUAGAGCAAUCUGGAAAUUCUAAUAUAACGUUGAAGAAAUUGAAUUUAGCCGAUACCAAAUCUAUUCGAGAGUUUGCGGAGCAGAUCAAUAAAGAACAACAGCAAAUUAACAUUCUGAUUAACAACGCUGGGGUAAUGAUGUGUCCUUAUUUGAAAACGGAAGACGGCUUUGAGUUGCAAUUUGGAGUCAAUCAUUUAGGACACUUUUUGCUAACCUAUUUACUAAUUGACUUGAUAAAACGAUCUGGUCCUGCUCGAAUCAUCAAUGUCUCCUCUUCUGCACAUAAAAUGGGAAAAAUUCAGUUUGAAGAUCUGAACAGUGAGAAGAGUUACAAUUCAGUAAAAGCCUAUGGGCAGAGCAAACUGGCCAACAUUUUGUUUACAAGGGAAUUGGCCAGAAAACUCCAAGGGACAGAUGUAUCAGUCUUUGCUUUGCAUCCAGGUGUGGUCCGAACUGAAUUAGCCAGACAUUUGAAUGCUUUAACCCGGUUUGGGUUGUCAUUGCUGCGACCUUUUACCAAAUCUCCAGAAAAUGGUGCUGAAACUUCAAUUUACUGUGCUGUAGCUCCAGGAUUGGAGAAAGAAACAGGAGAAUAUUUCAGUGAUUGUGAUCGUACAACCGGUUCAUCGGCUGCCCGUGACGAUGAAGUAGCAAAGAAGUUGUGGGAAGUAAGCUGCCAAAUGCUGGGAAUUGAUUGGCAGUGAGCCCAACACACGCCCUCAACAGCAUUUCAUGUUCAAUUUAUUUGUACUUAUAAUCAACAACUGAGGUUGUAUCUGAAUAACUGAAUAAUAUGAACUCUUUUUGCUAAUUAAUGUUUUCUCUUUUUAAGUAUAAAGUAUUUGUAUUUUACAUUUUUGUAUACAUUUAACAGCUUAAUGUAGGUCGUACUACAGUUUUGCUUCCCAGUAUGCAUAUAAUAUACAUUCAUUUAAAGACAUAAACAGUUUAAAUUUUCUUUCUAGAGAAAACAUUGUACAAAUUAAAUAUGGUGCUUAUUUCUGGUGUUUGUUCCUUUGUUAUUUCGUACACUACUGACUUUUGUUUUCUUUCAUUUCUUUGCCAUUUUGUAACAUUUUAUUAGGUGGAAUUAUACACUAGUAACAUUUUAUAAAGCUUUUGCCUAUUAAGUUGUUGUAUAAUUAACUCUUCCGUCUUGGAUUUAUGAUGAAGAAAUGAGAAGUAGCACAAUAAAAUGUAAUUCGGAGCUUUA